AUGCAAAAGUUCCUAGAACGCCCUACCUUGGAUGGGAAGAACAUUUUGCAAACGCUUGGUACAUUAGGCGGGGAGAGCUUCAUGGGAAGCGCCGACUUUGCAGCAAACUCAAGUUCCUGCUACGAAGCAUUCCUGAGAUUGAUUGGUUCACAAGCCAAUCGUCAGCGCGACAUGCUCGGCCGCAGCCUCGAGGGUACAAGUAUCUACCCAGCAGUUGUGCAGUGUUUCGAGCUAUCGCCAGGCGCCUCAUUCGGCUUUUGUUUGCGAGGGUAUUAUGAGCAGCUUGGUUACUCCAAAGAUACCAAACCCAGCGUGUCAGUUGAUGAUCAGAAGAGCCACUCGGGCCAGAAGGUUGCAGACAUGACAUUGUCGAAUUUGGAGGAGCCUCCAGCCCUGACUGCCUCUCUACGUGUGGGGUUGGAUGAGAUCUUGCUGUCCUUCAACAUAGUGACAUCUGGACACUUUAUCCCUAUCGAUGCCUCCAAUGCAGUUCUGAAUCUCACGUGUCUUGAUACUUCGAAGACAUGUGAACAUGCGGUUGAUAGCCCGCUGUCACCAGAAUCUGCGAGACACGUCGCCGUUAGAAAGGUCGGUAUGACCAAUGUUCGCGACAAAGUCAAUAUCUACACAACAUAUGGAGACCCCAGAGCCCAGUUCAUCGCGGGAAGGUGCACCAGUACUCGUCUGGGAUGUCUACUUCUGAAAAGCUGCUUGAAUUGCGGCGUCCAGCAAGCUCGAGACGGACGUCGAAACAGCUGCGCUUCUGCUCCCUCUGACAACUUGGUCAUUCUGCCAGACUCACGCAAGCUCGUCACCACGCACCAAUUAUUUACAACAUUCAGGUCGCGCAAAAUGGCAGGUAUUCGAGUUUGGUACGUCUGCUCGCAGUGGCUGGUCGUGCCCUUCAUGAUCCUGUUUGCCGUGACGUGUCUCGUCACUGAUGCCACAUCGAAGGUAAACUUUGACGACCGCAGUGGAGGGUUCUUCAUAUUUGCCGGCAUUCCAGUGGGAAUGUUCGGAGCCGGCUUCAACGCAGUUCUCAACGCUGUUUCUCAUGCGGCACACAAGGCUGUCAAGUUGGUCCCCGAGAAAAAGUCCUUCUCCCAGCGUCGUAUCACGGGCUGGUUCAUUGUUGGAGUCAGAUGCGUUGGCGUCUGUGUUUUGGUCGCGCUCGCGGCCAGAUACUUCCAGCCUCCCACGAGUGCCUCUGCUGCUGGGGUAGCAGGACUAAUCACUGCGUGA